GUCACACUCGCGGGGACAGCUUUUUAUUAAGAAAGGAAAGCACUCGCGGCCUGCGAAUCGAGUGGGUGUGUGCAUGUGGCGGACUCUCACGUUGCCAAGUCCUGAGCAACAGCAAGCCAUCACGCUGACGCGACCUCUCUCUCUCUCUCUUUAACAAAAGAGGAAGGUUGUAAGGAAAAGAAUUCGCCCAGUCGCACUCCGUCUGCAUCGAACCAUAGAUCAGCGCACCUCAAAAGAGCGAGAGGACGGGGAGGAGCAAGACCCCCACGCUUCAUCUCCUUUGUGUGUUUGUUUGUUGAGGGAGGGCUGCGACUGGCGCGAGGGCAUAGAGGAGCAGAAAUACAUACCGUGAAAAUCCCCCUUCUUUAUUUAAAGAAAAGAGCGUUCUUUUUGAGGCACAGGCGGUGCUUUCCUCUGCCCCUCCGCAGGGGCCUAGCGCGCUCCGCCGUAAACGUCAUCCGAGCAUUGCAAUCAUAGAUAAGAUAAUUGGAAGCAAGUUCGCAGCACCACCGACGACGAAGACUACCGACGUCACCACAGCAGCAGCCAUAAUGGCCUCCUAUUGCGAGGUGUGCCGAGGAUCGUUUUUUACGCCUCACCCGCACACAUCAGCGCCGCGGCGCGCGUCGUCGUGCCCGUACUGGCUUCUGCCAUCGCGGCACCCAUCACGUAGCGUUGCUUCACCUUCGCAACGACCGGCCAUGAUCUUCCGCACACCGAACGACGCGCCGGCGCGUGGGCUCGCCUCUUCGCCGGCGGUGAGGUCCGGCAGCGCCCCGUGUGGUCCAGCGCCCUUCUGGCAGUCCCGCGACUUCUCUGAGCCUCUUGGCGGCCGUCAAGACCUGUACGACAGCCAGGAGGCGCUGGAGAAGCGUUUCGACACUUCUACCAACGCCCUACCUCGCAGCUCCUCGAUGCGGCACCGGAGGCACGCCGCGACGCCGCCUCCUCUGCCACCGCCCACGUCGGGUUACGUCGUAAACGGCACGACGUGCGAUGGCGGUCGACGAUACACCGCCGACACGUUCAGCAGCUGGCAGCACGCGGAGGGCUGCAGCCCGCCGUUCGACUACCUGCGGCGAGGGGAGGGGGUUGCGGGGCAACGACACCCGAGUCGUCCGCCCUCGCGGGAGUCGUCGGGGCGGUCUCAGCCGAACCCCUCCUCCUCUGCGUUCUUUCUCGACCACUUUUUCCCCCAGCGUGCGCUGGAGGAAGAGUGCUGCUACUCUGCGCCGCGCCGUGCUCUGCGGGAUGGUGGGGGAGCACAGGGGCGACCGCCGCAUGCCGCUCCCACCGCCUCCACGCACGACAAUGCCUUUCCCAGUUUGCAGCAGGAGGCGUCGCCGCGGUCGCAUGACGACGGGCAUCCGCACGGACAUCACGACGGACGCCGGCGCGGAGGGGGAGAAAACAAAAUUGACGAAGCGCAGGCGUUUUCGCAGGGGCCAUCCCCCGGUCACCGCCACCGCAGCCGCAGCCACUCACGGGAACAUCGCCAUCGUCAUCUUUCGCACCUCCACUCGUCCUCUGCGUCACACGGCGGCCAUCGGCAGCCCCCACUACCCAACCCUGAAGCGCAGCCCCACUCCCUGCUGUCUCCAUCAUCAGGUGCUUACACAGGUGUGUCUCCUCGUCACGACCGCAGCCACCGUGAGCCAGCACAACACGCAUCUCACCGCACCAUCAGUCCACCAGCACUGCACAGUGAGGCAGGGAAAACUGCAAUGUUACCGCUGUCAGGCGCACGCUCUGCACAGCAGUGCACCCGCCCUGCGGCGUUCACGGCUGCGGCACGACCGUCCUCACCGGAACACGCGACGCACUCUCUGGGCGACUUGAUCGCGAAGAUUCGUGCGGAGGUGAGUAAGGGUGCCGCGGCGUCGAGGGAGUUGCCGGACGCCGCGACGAGCAAACCGGCGAAGAAGAAAAGCUCUGGUCGCACGAAUUCGGCAGAUGCAGCGGAAGGCGCAGGCGAAGUACCGGCGACAGAGGCAGAAGAAGCUGCUGUGGCCUCUUACCCUUCGUUGACGACGUCCACGCCGGUGUCGACAGCCGAGGAGGAGCCCUCUUCCAUCGACCGUACCGUUGCACAACGCCCGCCAGGCCAGCCGAUUCGACACGAGCGCCAACGCGUGCGCCAUACCUUCUCUCCCCCACCCAGCAGCAGUAGCAGCAGCAGUAACCGAGAAAACGAGCGAGCCACAAUACGUAACUCACGUAAGCGUGCGAGUGGCACUUCCGCACCUAAAUCCUCGAGGAAAGGAACGAAGUCGCGAGACCUCCGCACAUCCUCGCCUGCGCAACGCGCAUCUUCCCCGCGGCAGCACCGCCGGACCUGCUCCCUGUCGAGCUCCUCUUCCUCCGCUCCGAUGCGGCGCGCCGUGCAAGAGGCAGAGGCGGUGCUGCAGCAAAUGCGUCGGCGAGCGAGAGGGCGGAGUAAGGAUAAGGCGGCGCCUCGUUCCAACGAGUUCUCUGAUGAAGAUGAUCUCUCGAGGAAGACAAGGGUGCCGCCGCGCACAUCUGCAUCGGACACAUCUGCCGACCGAAGCAGGGACGUAAACGACCGGAGGUGGCACGACAACCAGCGACACCAGCCGCCGCAGCAGCACCGUACAGGUGAAGAUGAGAAGUAUAGUGAGGACGCACCGCCAGGUAAACGGAGAAAGAGCAGCCGAGGGAGCCAUUCGCGCUCACAGCCUCCGACGGCGUCGCCCGCGGCACGAUCAUCGCCGCUUCGCUCGACAGACAAUCGCAACGAGGGAGCUUGCCUACGACGGCAAACUCCACCAACAGCCGCAACAGAAACAACAGCAGCACCGACGGCGUUUACCGAGGACACGCUUCGCACCUUGUCGUCCGAGUUGAGAAGAACACUGGAGCGCCGUCAGGAGGACUGGUGUGCGGAGCAGGGCCACCGCAUCGAACGGCUACGCGAAGGGCUCUCUUCGUUGUGCGUGGCCGUGCGGAAAGACCUGCGGACGAUGCGAGAGGAGGUGGCAGAUGUGCGGGGGCAGUCGAAUGAUGUCGCCGCACGUGUUGCAACGGCGGAGGCUGCGCAGCGACGCCCCGCUGCCCCACCCUCCGCACCUCGAACCGAGAAGGGACCUGAGGCGUCUCUCCAGCCUGAGUGUGUGGUGGCGUGGGUGGCGCAGUGCAGCCCAGCGGAUCAGCGUCGCCUCGCCCAACUCCUCCUGCCCCACUUGCGUCCUGCGCUGUCGGAUGCAAUACGCGAUGAGGUGCAGCAUCAGCUGCGUGCGGUGCGCACCGAGCACCGAGAGGAGCUGCGUGAGAUCGAGGGACGUCUCCGUGCGUAUGUGGAGGCGGAAGAGGCGGUUGUGGAUGCACAGCAGAAUGCGGCAUCGCAGCGUAGGAGCGGCGGCGCUGGAAGUCCGGCGCAGCCGGCCGAAUCGAGCGCGCCACUCUGGGCUGGCUUUUCUUCAGGGGACGCCUUCAACGCGCAUCUGCGUGCGACAGCGCGUGCGGUGCUGGUGGAAGAGGACGACCGCCGCUACAGCCUCGCCAACGACAACGAGCGCCGCCACGAAAUGCGUGUGCGAGAGCUGCAGCGGCACUGGCAGGCGACGCUGGUGGAGGCGCAGCACACCUGGAAGGCGGAGUGGCGGUCGAUGCUCCACGCGGCAGAGGAGGCGUGGACGCGCCAAGCGCAGGCGCCGCUGCAGCAACACGCAGAUCUGCUGCAGAAGAUCGUCACGACCCUUACGCGAGACGUCACCCACCUGCACGAGCGGCAGGAUGCCCAGGCGGCCAGUGUGCAGGAGAGCCUUCACAAGGAACGGGAGAUGCGGCAGCGGGAGCAGGCGAAGUUUGCGGAGCGGGUCGAGCAGAGCGUCCGUCAGCUGCUGCCGCGCGAGGUGGAAUCGGCGUGUGCGCGCUACCACGUACAGCGAGAACGCACAGCUGCCACGGAGCUGUGCGGCACUCGCGCGACACACGGCAGCAGCGGCAGCGGCGCAUCUCCUCUCCUCCCCCCAACCGCCUCUGCACAGCUGACCGCAGAGGAGCUGCGGCUCUCGGUGGUGCAGCCAGCGCUCGAGCACAUGCGCCGGCUGCUCGCGUCCCAUCAGGAGAUGAUGGACGCUGUGGUGGAGGGCCGUUGUCGUCGUGCGGAGGGCGUUAUGGAGGGCAGUCGACACGUGUGGCUGCAGAACGUGACGGAAUUGCGGGGCAAGGUUUCUUCGCUGCGGUCUGACGUGCGCGGCGCCUUUAAUGAACUGUGCAGCAACCUCAACGUGGCGAGUCCGGCACUGUAG